AGAGAGAGAGAGACACCCCCGUCGCGCGCCCGGGUUUCUUCAAUCUGGAGCGUCAGAUGGCAGCGCUGCAUCUUUCGUCCCUAGGAUUUUUUUUAACCGGUUUGAGCGCGCGACUUUUCUUUUUUCUUUCUUUUUUUCUUUCUGUCUUUCUUUCUUUUUCUUUUGUAAAUCCCUCCAGGUUAUAAAGGACCGAUUCCUGAUCUCCCGAGGAUGCACAUCGUGUUAGAGACGCACACUCUUACACUCCGUCCAGCUUCAUUACAUCGCGCACGGAUAAAUGAAUUUCCUCCGGUUACCGUCUCGUGCUCCGGGAUAUAAAAUCUGACAAGUUGAAGACUCCAUUCUGGUAAAAGAUUUUGAAGAGGAGAAGGAAAUAUUGCGUGCAUGCGUGCUGUUUUAUUCUCUGGGAGGAGCGAUGAGCGUUGCUCGGUCUCCGUGACCCCCCACCGGAGCGCUUUGUCUCGUGGAGUAGGCGAAACGGCGCGAGCGCUACGUUGCGUUUUCUCCCCCCGCACGUAUGCUAUUUGCUGCACAAAACAAUUUGACCAACUCGAAAACAAGUCUCGUGCAAUUAUACGGAACUAACCUGUCACCCUUUGUAGGAGAAUAACACUGACAUUUCGGAGCUCGUGAACAAACGGACUUUGUAAAGGUGUGAAAAGGGGGCACGAGCUGUUAACUCCACCGGCUGGAUAUUAUUGUUGGGAGCAAAGACAGGAACGUGUGGUGAGUGAUAUUAAGGCAUGACUUCAACAGGAGUGAGAGAUUAAAUUGUUCACGUUGCUUCGGGUCAGCCCGGUGAUUUUGGAGGGAUUUUGGUGGGAGUUUGAGUGGCGCACGUGCAGCGGGGCAGCACGGAGUUCCGGAGCAUCAUGGGCUGCUGCAGUGGUCGCUGUACACUGGCCUUCAUCUGCGGCAUGCAGCUGAUUAGCAUUUUGGAACGGCAAAUAUUUGACUUUCUUGGUUACCAGUGGGCGCCGAUCCUCACAAACUUCAUCCACAUCAUCACAGUGAUUCUGGGCCUGUUCGGGACGGUGCAGUUCAGGCCGCGAUACGUCACCGGGUAUGCAGUCUGGCUGGUGCUCUGGGUCACCUGGAACGUCUUUGUCAUCUGCUUCUACCUGGAAGUGGGUGACCUUUCCAAGGACACAGACUUGAUCAUGACCUUUAAUAUUUCCAUGCAUCGCUCCUGGUGGAUGGAGAAUGGCCCAGGGUGCAGGGUGACCCCCGUGACUCCUCCGCCCUCCUGGGCUCCAGAAGACCACCGCUACAUCAGCAUAGCCGGCUGCGUGCUGGAGUACCAGUAUGUGGAGGUGGCCCACAGUUCCCUGCAGAUCAUCCUGGCUCUGGCUGGGUUCAUCUAUGCCUGUUACGUGGUGAAACUCAUUUCAGAAGAAGAAGACAGCUUUGACUUUAUAGGUGGCUUCGACUCCUAUGGGUACCAAGGACCACAGAAGACAUCUCAUUUGCAACUGCAACCAAUGUAUAUGUCAAAGUAACAAGGACGAACUGCCUUAUGAACCAAUCAAACGAUGAACUUCUGUCUCAACCUUUCGUCUUUUUACGUAAAUGUCUUAAUAUGAUAGUGUCUUAAGUACCACUGGAGGAACGCAAGAUGUGGCACUUUAUCCGGUCAACAACUGGAGAACACUAGAGCCAAGGCACUGGAUUUUUUUUUCAGUCUGAAGCGUCGUGUCUGGCUGGAUUAAGCAGGAGCAAGAGCGCCACCCUGUGGUAGAAACGGCACAGGGUGGUUCUAGAUUGAAAAAAAAAAAAGAAAUAAAUAAAUGCAUAAAAGAAGAGGCUGCAUUCAUCUCUGUGGACAUCAACACAAGGGAUGAAACCAGAAGACGAAAGAGUGCUGCGUUUUGAUAGACUCCAUUAGAAAAAAAACUCACUUACCGAAUGUUUCAUAACCGGUCAGAAAUGGCUCUAGUCAUCUGAUGUAGUGCUGAGUGGUUAAUAGAGUUAACUUAAGGAGAAUUAUACAUACGUGUUUACAUAUGGUAAUUCCAGUCGUUGGAAUACCGUUACUAGGUUGUCCUGAUGUCUCUGAUAACUGUACCCGAAACAUGUUUUUAUUCCGUAUUAUGGAUGUUUUCAUCUUGAAAGUGCCAAGAACAGUUCCAACAAACCCGAAACUGCCCAGAGAUUUUCAACAGCAGUCAAAAAAAAAACCAAAAAAAAAAAAACAAAACAAAAAAAACAAAAACAAAAUAAUAAUCCACCUAGCAAUUUCAUCGGUUGGAUGUGGUCCGCAGAUCAGCUGUGUUUGUUGCAUGAGGUGUCAUGUUGAAUCGCAUAUUUAAUCAGGAUCGACGGCGGGAAUUAGCAGAGCUGUACUCUAGCUGGCUCAAAAUUGUGUGAAUGUGAAUAUUGUGCUUUCUAAGACGGUGUUCAGUCUCGUGAAGAAGAAAACAAAGCGAAAACUAAACCUUCUUCCUACCUAGUCCAAGAUUUUUUUAAUUAUUAUUAUUAAUAUUAUUAUGAUUUUUCUUUUUUUUAUUUCUAACGUGUGGCAAUUGUGUUCAAUCUUUUUCUAGUAGGCUAAUCUUCUGUUGUAAGGGUGGGACUUUCUGUUUAACUGUAUAUAUAGACAUCUGGAGAGGAGGGGGAGGGGGUAAAAGAAAAAGAAAAAAGAAGGGUGCAUUCAGUAGUGUGAUGUGAGAAGAGUGUGUGGUAGAGUUUGUGCUGUGGCCAAAUGUGUGUGUGUGAGUGUGUGUAGUCGCCAUGACAGGAACCCAUGAGGAGCCCUAAAAGCGGAUGUGCUUUCUCUGCAGAAUUGUUCCUUUGACGUCACAGAAGUAACAGCAUUAGUUGUAGUCCAUUAACACACUGCACACACUGCAGACAAAAUAAAAAAAUCAUUCCCACCGCGCAGACAUUCACGUCUUUUACCUCCCGAGCGUACUGAAUGGCCUUUUUGUGGAAAUACUCUGAACCAUGCUUGGACGUGAAUACACAAAGUUCCUGCUUUUAAACUGCACUUUCACUCCCCAAUUAUAUUUCAACAUCUUUUAUUAAGUCCGGGAUGAUACAUGAACGUAAGGAACAUUAUUUAGAGCUCACAAAUGAAUCCACGAAAAAAUAGUAUAAUAGAUGUGUGUUUCUCCCGCGUAUAAUCACACACCUUUUGUUAAACUUAUAAAGCAGACGUCCCUGUGGUCAGAGAAAACUUUCUGACCUGGAAUAAAGUCUUUUACAGGGAAGAAGUGCAGAACGCUCCCUUCCAAUUAAUAACACUUUGGCCUCCUGCUGACAAGCUGAAAUGAGCAUUUUUUUCAUCACUUCCCUCAUGAAUUGCACUGGAGCUUUGAUGAUUAAUCAAGAUAUUGCAGUAGAGCCACUUUUCAGGCGUUUAUUGGCUAAUAAUUCCCCACAGUCAUUGCUCUUUGGUUCCAGACGUACAGGAUGAAUAUGAAUACGCCAGACGAUAUUGUGAAUUUACGCCGUAAAAAGAGAUCACAGCGCAUGCUACAUCUGUCUUCGUAAUUUGGCUUUGGAUAUGAAAUAUUAAAGCGACAAAGGGUAAGCGGUGUGCAAUUGACUCGAAAAAAGAAAAACGGAACCCGCAAGAUUCAUUAGUUUAUUGCGCCGAGUUUAUCACAUCCGCUUGAAUGCAGCACCAGUUCUAUCACAUUUCUACUCAAAGACCUGUGUAAAUAUACCGUCAUCUCUAUUCCAGACAUGGUGCUCGAUCAACCCUAACAACGAUGGCGAUCACGCGUCCGGUGCCAUCUCUCUCUCUCUCUGCCAGCUGGUGAGAGGUUUACAGGACUGUCUAGAUGUACGAUUUGAUGUCACGAGAUCAAAUGGGAGACUGGGACACCAUUGUGAAUGAUGCUUCUUCUUGGUUUUUCUAUAUAGAUAUAUAUAUAUACAUAGAUAUGACACCAUUCUGAUGAGCUUUAUAUACCAAACGUCCUGUGUUUAACGAGUCUACAUUUCAAAAGAAUGGCCUUGUAAUAGUGUUUAGAAGGUAUUUCCGAAUUAGUGGAAUCAAAUCUAGGUCUGUGGAUUUCUAUCAAGACGUUCUAGAGGUUUUCUUAGCAUCUCAGUUUAGACCUCGUCAACCACCGGACAGUCCGUAGUCAUUUAUUCCGGUUUCUACAACCUUUAGUCAUUUGGAAAAAACAAACACAUGGACUAUUUGGAGGUUGAAGAGGUCUAGAUUGGUGUUUUUCUUUUCUGCAGAUUUAGGCUGGAAUGAUUGGGUUCAAGUGUUGUGUUCAAUUUUUUUAAUAGACCUUGUAUUUUUUUCUAUUUCUGUUCCUUUAAAAGAAUGACUGUAAAUAUAAUAAACCACAG